AGGAGUAUGUUUACCCUUCAUGUUUCAACUUUCUCUUAAUUAUCUAUCUUCCCCGAAUUUGCUGUAGAAUAUGAAGCAGAACUUCAGAAGUUUACAGCAACGAAUUACUAAGUUGAAGCAAUUUCAAUUCAAGCAUAAUCCGAAACCUAGUGACUCCAUAAAUAGAGUUGUUAGAGACAGCAAACUUUUGAUUCAGUGCAACAAACAGAUAGCAGAGAAUGGAAGAAAUGGCAACGUUAAUGAGGCAGAAUUGGUAUUCCACAUGAUGCCCGUGAAGAACACUGCUUCUUGGACUGCCAUGCUCACUGUCUACGCCCAAAAUGGCCAAAUAGAAAACGCCCGCAAAGCGUUCGAUCAAACGCCUCAACGAUCUACGGUCUCAUAUAACGCAAUGAUAUCGGCUUAUAUUCGCAAUGGUUGCAACGUGGCCAAAGCUUAUGAGCUGUUUUUAGUGUUGUCUGAACGCAACUUGGUCUCAUAUGCUGCCAUGAUCACGGGUUUUGUGAAGGCAGGGAAGUUCCACAUGGCUGAGGAACUGUACCUUCAGGCUCCACAUGAGUUCCGGGACCCUGCUUGCUCAAAUGCGUUGAUAAAUGGAUAUUUGAAGGCAGGUGAAGUGAAUGAGGCGUUGCAGGUUUUUGAGAACAUGGUUGAGAGGGAUGUGGUUUCUUGGAGUGCCAUGGUUGAUGGGUUGUGCAGGGAUGGGAGGGUUGCAGCUGCCAGGGAGCUGUUUGACAGGAUGCCUGAAAGGAACGUGGUUUCUUGGAGUGCAAUGAUAGAUGGGUACAUGGGGAAAGGUUUCUUUCAAGAGGGUUUUUCCUUGUUUACGGAUAUGAGGAGGGAAGGUCUGGUUGAUGUUAAUUCCACCACAGUGACUAUCAUGUUUAAAGCGUGCGGGAAUUAUUGUAGAAUGCCAGAGGGCAUGCAGAUACAUGGGUUGGUUUCACGCUUGGGAUUUGAGUUGGAAAGUGUUUUGAGUAACUCCAUGAUUACUAUGUAUUGCAUGUUUGGUUGCACAGACAUGGCAGACAAAGUAUUUUACAUGGCAGACAAAGUAUUUUGUAUAUUGAGCGACAAAGAUUUAUUUACUUGGAAUUCUUUAAUUUCUGGAUACGUUCAUAACAAUGAAGUGGAAGCUGCGUAUAGGGUUUUCGAGAGUAUGCCAGAGAAAAACUUGAUCUCUUGGACUUCCAUGAUCACAGGUUUUACUAAAAGUGGAAGAAUUGGAAAUGCCAUACAUCUUUUUAAUAUGUUGCCAGUGAAGGAUGAUUUUGUUUGGACGACUAUUAUAUCUGGGUUUGUAAAUAAUAAGGAGUAUGAGGAAGCUUUGCAUUGGUAUGCUCGGAUGAUUUGGGAAUGCAUGCCAAAUCCUUUAACUAUUAGUAGUGUCCUCGCAGCUUCAGCUGCUUUUGUGGCUUUAAAUGAAGGGCUACAGAUUCAUACUUGUAUUCUGAAAAUGAACCUAGAGUAUCAUUUGUCUGUACAAAACUCUCUUAUAUCAUUUUACUCCAAGUGUGGGAAUGUGAUUGAUGCCCACAGGAUUUUCUUAGAUGUCAUUGAACCAAAUGUCAUCUCUUAUAACUCAAUCAUCAAUGGGUUUGGACAAAAUGGUUUUGGCAAAGAGGCUCUCGGUAUCUAUAGAAAAAUGCAGAGUGAAGGUCAUGAAGCCAACCAUGUUACUUUCCUUGCUGUUCUUUCAGCCUGUACUCAUGCAGGAUUAGUUGAAGAGGGAUGGAACUUAUUUAACUCCAUGAAAUCACGUUAUGGAAUUGAUCCAGAAGCUGAUCAUUAUGCUUGCAUUGUCGAUCUCCUUGGCCGUGCAGUUUUGCUUGAUGAAGCUGUUGAUCUAAUCCGUUCAAUGCCAUUUAAGCCCCAUUCUGGUGUUUGGGGGGCUAUUCUUGGUGCAAGCAAUACUUACCUCCGUCUCGACCUUGCUAAGCUUGCAGCUCAACACAUUACUGAGCUGGAGCCUAAAAAUGCAACUCCUUAUGUGGUAUUAUCUAACAUGUAUUCUGCUUCUGGGGAAAAGAUUGACAGUGAUUUAGUAAGAAAGACCAAAAACUUUAAAGGAAUAAAAAAAAAUCCAGGUUGUAGUUGGAUUACAAUGAAAGAUAAGGUUCAUCUGUUUCUUGCAGGGGAUCAAUCACAUGAUAAUAUUGAAGAAAUGAAAGCCACAAUACUGACCAUGGAUAGGGAAAUGCAGUGGUUGUGUCAUUGUCGGUGCUGACUGACAGUCUUCGUUUCUUUCUUUUAUGAACAUUACUUCUUUGUUGGUGCAUCGUCAUCAUUGUGUAGCCGAGCUGGCUUCAUUUUCAACCAAAGAUUCUUGGAUGCACCUGUUGUAAUGACGUCUAAGAAAAAGAUCAUUAGCGCACUCAACACACUACUUAAUGUGUGCGUUUCAGCAUUCUUGAUCAUCAAUUCCUCAAACCUCAACUACUGUAUGGAUAAGUACUGACCACGUGCAACUUUUUAUAAAUAUUCAAUUAGGCUAUACUUGUAAUCCUCUGGAGUAGGAUUCAUUCAAGUGACGCUGAGUAAAGAUGAGAAAUGCCAAUACUACUAUAUUGGAAUUAAGGUCUUUUCUUUUCUACUUCCACACUCACACCCGAGAGUCCUGAAAGCAAUCAGAUAAUAUAACGUUAUAUCCUGAACUUUACUGUUUAUUCUAUUCCAUUGUUUCGUAUAUUAUAUACUUUGAUUAUAUACAGGAACAUAUAAUUCAGUGUUCUUUUAAACCAAAUCUGUGGUGGCUUGUUAUUAUUAAUAUUAUUUUUAGUGGAGGAAGAGAUGAAUAAUUUAUUGGUAUUGUUCCCGUAGAUUGGGUACUGCUUGGAAGACUUGGAGUACAACCUACUUCAAGCAAAGGACUGAAAAAAUAUGCUUCCUCUGACAAGUUGACUUUCCCAACGGCUGUUGUGCAAAGAAGAAAGAGAAAGAACGAGUAUCAAGGCUAUAAGCUUAAUCUAACGGACAAAUAUUCAUUAAACUUAUAAAUAGAAGAUAUCUUAAGAAGAAAACCAAGAAGAUAGCUUAAAAGGAUAACAUAGUGAAGAAAAACUUAUAAAUAUUCAUUCUGAGAAGCAAAAGAGAAAGAUCUCAAGAAAAAGAAGAUAUUUGAGCUGAAGAGAAGAGAAGAGAAGAGAAAAAGAGAAAGAGAUACUCUCGCACUUCAUUGUCAUAUUGCUUACUGUUGUUGUAAGAGAGAAAGGGAGAAUAUCUGCGAGUGUUUAGACUGUAUUGCAUUGUAAUCAAAUCCUCUCUACGAGAUAUAUAGUUUUAACAGCUUGUAAGCAAUCAUUGAUUACAAUUCUGAAGAGAAUUAAAAUACUUAUAACUGAACUCUGUUUGAGUUAAGGAAUCUUGACAAGGUUGCUAAGUAGCAAGAGUGGUUCGAAUACUCAAAGGAAAU